AUGGUGCUGAAGAUUUCCGCUGGAGGAGCUGCUAUCGCUGCCACUGGCACUGCUGCUGCUGCUGCUGCUGCUGUUGAUGUUGCUGCUGUAGUGAGGGCUGCAGCAGUGUUGCUGCUGCUGCUGGGACUUGAUCUGGGUGAAGCGCGAGCCGCAUCAGUCUUGUUCCGGCUGGCUGACGAGGCGGACGUGCACAUAAAACCCGCCGGGUCAUCAGCAGAAACAUCGUCUCUUACACUUUUUUCUAGCAAGUCCAGCAACAAGGAGCAGCAACAAAUACAAGCCCAGCAACCCUCUCCAAAUGACUCCACGACCCCGAGAUUCGUCCGCGUCAAGCUGAUGCAAGUCGAAGUUCGCGUCGAACCGGACCAGCAUCCAGCCAAUAAAUCGACACCGAAAAAUUCGACACCUGCUCCAAACGACGUCGAUUACCCGCAACAACAACUCCGAGACCCCUACUGCGUUGUCACUCUCAAAGAACCAUCCGCAGUCACGACUUCGGGCGAUAAACAGAAGCCCGGUGGCGGCAGCACCAAAAACAGCCUGAAACUCGUCCAACGGGGGCGUCCCAUGUUCCCGGAAUGGAAUUCUUCGUUCGACGCCCCGAUCCGACGAGGAAUGCUGAUUCACUUAUUACUCUACGACCGAUCGCCGACGAAAAAUAAAGGUUCAACGGCGGCGUCCUCGACUGCCGCAGCUGUGACGACCGCCGCGGCGGCUGCAGCGGCAACUACGACGACUACUGGCAAUGCGGCGACUAAUCCGACGGAUCGGCUGGUGGCGGACAUUCUUAUUCCGACACACGUGCUGGCUGACAAGUGUCGCAGUACCGCGACAUUGUCCCUUUCUCAACAACAACAACAACAGCAGCAGCAGCAGCAACUCAAUGACGAUGAUUUCCCGUGCUCCGUUUGGGUGAGG